AUGGAUCCAAGUUUAGAACGAAUAAACUCCUACUUUGCACGCUCUCUUUCUCUCUCUCUAAAACUUAUAUUAUUCUCUAUUCUUGGUGGUUUACGACCAUCACAUUGGUGCUUUCAUUGAGAGCUGAGGAACAUACUCGUAGGUUAACUCCUCAACGCGAGAAUGGUGCAAAUGAGGAGCAACAUUCCCACCACCAGCCACGUCGGCGGCGAGGAGAUCGCUCCGGGCAGCGGCAACGGCACGGGUGGCAUCGCUUCGACUCCGGACGCGGUCCAGGCGCUGUUCGGGUUGGGGGUGACCACGGAGCAGCUCCAGGCGGCCGUUGCGGCACUUUCCGCCAUGGGUGGGAACGUGCCCGGCGCCGGGGCUGGCAAAGCUCCGCUCGGUCACCACACUGAGCACGCUGCCACUUCCCAGCACAAGGGGAAGAAGACUCGGAGGAGCAGGAGGAGGCCCGGAAAGGACCCGGUGAUCGAGGAGGUGUUGGUGGAGGACGUCCCAGAAGGUGAGGACGAUGAGUCCAGUGAGUGUAGAGUCUCGGCCUUCAAACGCUUGGGAGGCGAGGAGACCCGAGUGUCGGCAUUCGACCGGCUCAACUGCGGACCAGAAGGCCGCCAAGGUGAUCUUCGCCGGCAGAUCUCCGAAGCCAGGUGGAGGAACGCUGAGGAAUCAGCGAACUCGGAUGCGCGCUCGGCGAGACCUGAGCGAACCGAAGGCCGAACGCACGAGCGGACUCAGCGUCGCCAGAGCCCAACGAGAACCGAGAAGACAAAAAUCCCUGAACAGGGUAUGACUGAGCUUGCGCGCGAGAUUGCCGAGCUCAAACGCCGAGUAGAGACAAACUCCCCCUACAGCCAGCCCAUCUUGCGCACGGUAACCCCGUUUACUCCGAGGGUGAUGUCAGUUCCGCUGCCGACAAACUUUCGUCCGUGGCAGAUCAAGGCUUACAGCGGGACGACGAACCCCCGGGAUCAUUUUUCAAAGUUCUAUGCUUCGAUGGAGGCGGCGGCAGCCCCGGACGAGGUCAAGUGCAGGUGCUUCCUCGCGACGCUAGAGGGCUCCGCGUGCGAUUGGUUCAACCGGCUCCCAAAGGGAACUAUUGACGAUUGGGAUACGCAUUUCGCGGCCAACCGAAGGCAGAGGCUGCCUUACUCCCACCUGCUCAACAUAUGCAUCCGCAAAGGAGAAAAGGGAGGUUGUUCCCUUGUUGUAAACUCGAAGGAAGUUCCUUGUUCCUUUGUGAGAAGUCUUGGAGUGCGGUAUCUCCGAGCAAAGGUGUUGAGGCUCGUGUUACUCGGGUUCUCAAGUUGUAUCGGUUUAGGAGAAGGGCAAUCCACCACGAGGCCUUCAUUAUUUGAUGGAACGAAUUACACAUAUUGGAAGGAGCGAAUGAGAAUUUUCAUCCAAUCCAACAACUUUCUCCUAUGGAGAAUUAUCAAGAAUGGCGAAGAAGUGCCCAUGAAGAAAGUUGGGGAAACCACCGUUCCCAAAACCAAAGAAGAAUACGAUGCGCAGGAUAUCAAGAAAAUAGAGAACAACGCCAAGGCUAUCAACAUUUUUUAUUGUGCAGUAAACCCGGAUGACUACCGGAAGAUCUCUUGUUGUUCCACCGCCAAGGAAAUGUGGGACAAGCUAGAAAUCACAUAUGAAGGUACGAAUCAAAUCCGAGAAGCUAAGAUAGAUUUUCUAACCCAUGAAUAUGAAUUGUUUCUUAUGAAGGAGAAUGAGAAAAUCGAUGAGAUGUUUGAACGAUUCUCCAAAAUCGUUAAUGAUCUCCAUGCUCUCAAGAAGACGUACACGGACAAGGAGCUUGAAUCAACGCAAAAGAAACCAUAUUACUUCUUCUAUUAUGAUGAAAAGAAGAAGAUUCACAUAUCACUUCCGGAACCCACACAAAUCAAACCGAGGUAUAGACAUUCGGUUCGAGUAGACUGGAACCCGCCAACCGCAAAACGACAAGUUGGCCAAGGCGGUCAAAGAAAGCGUUCUCGCACUGGCAAGAACGUGGCCUCCUCCUCAGCCCCUCCACCACCGGCGCACAAGUACCUCGACGGGUCGUUCCUUUGGUUCAACGACCACGCAGAGGCGACGCGGUUCUCGGAGAAAUUUGAGCACCGGGAGAUUCUACCUCCCCGAUUCUCCACCGCCCGCUUCAUUCAUGACUCCAUUCCACGUGAGGCACGGGUUAUCCUCGAACGUGGAAACUUCCUCGAUCUCCUCUACAUCAAGAAGGUCAAUUAUCACCCCUCUCUUGCUCGAGCUUUCUACUCGAACUUGAAAAAGGAUGAGGACGGAGCGUUGAUCUCUAACGUCAACGGGGUGGACAUCUAUUUGAAUGAGGAGAACAUUCAAAUCCUCACCGGGCUUCGUCGGGAUGGACAGGAUCUCGGGCUCUACGUUGGAGAAGAAGGAGCACGGUUCAACGAGACCGCUCUCUUGGAGGAACGUUGGGCCUUUAUUCUAACACCGACGCCCAAGCUCGGAAGACGGGAGCAGAUCCAAUUCACGGAGAAGGAUCUUCCAAACACGCCGAGUCCCCACCGGGAUGCCUUAGUCGUGAAGAUAGAGAUCAACGACGCCAUAGUACACCGCACCUUGGUAGACACGGGAAGCUCAGUCAACAUAAUGUAUGAGAAAACAUUCCAAGACCUUGGUUUGAACCGCAAGGACUUGUGGAGUGGGUGCUACCAUGACGGGCGCGUGCGCGCACGGGGGUUCAUCGAAGGGGAGUGGGUGCUGCGCAAGAGGUCCGUGAGCCGCCCCCUAGAAGGUGGAAAAUUGGACAAGAAUUACGAAGGCCCCUACAUCAUCAAAGAAGUGGUAGGCCCCUCAACGUUCCGCCUGAAGACGCCGAGUGGAGGGGAUGUGCCCAAGACUUGGAAUGCCAAGAACUUGGUUAAGUUUUAUCAAUAGAUUUCGAAUGUACACGGGCCCGAGAAAGGGAACCCGCAACACCAUGAUUAAAUUCAAUGAAACGGAAUUUUUUGCAAACAAGGUCCAGCAGGUGUGCUCGGCACUCCCCCUCAGGGGAAGAGCCGAACGCAGACCAUGUCCGGAUGCUCUUCCCGGAUAAAGGUCUAACCUUCGU